AUGGCAAAAGUUUUGGAAGAGAUAAAAGAUUCAAAAGUAUUCAUAUGCAAAUACUGCGGCAAGUUCUUCACCGAAAAAACUUCCAUGAAAGAGCAUCUAGAGACGCAUACAGAAGAAAAUCUCUACACCUGCAAGGUUUGUGAAAAAUCUUUUGCUACAAAUGACUCUCUUAAAAAACAUGCUAGAUUUCAUGCGGGAGGAAAGGCACAUGUGUGUGAUACCUGUGGGGAGGCUUUCGUUGCAGUUAGUAAAUUAAGGACGCAUGCUAAAUUACAUAUUAUAGAUAAAGAACUACAUGCUUGUGAAGUAUGCAACAGAACUUUUUAUCGAAAAGUUAGCUUGGACCAACACAUGAAAUCUCACAGAGAACUGCCAUUUGUUUGUGAAUAUUGUAAAAGAUCCUUUGCGGAACUUAGCGACUUGGAACGUCAUAUUGCUACUAACUGUCGAAAAGUUAAGCAUUUUUGUAAAUACUGUGGCUUCGUUUUUGAUCGAAAAGGUGAGUUGCAGAAGCAUGUUGCAAAGCAACAUGCUUAUCCUUGUAAGGACUGUGGUAAAAGCUUUCAAAAAAAAAUUGAUUUCCACCGUCACCUCAUUGCUAACUGUAAAGAAGUAAUCAAUAGUUUACUGCAAUGUGUACACUGCGAUAAGGUUUUUUACCGAACGGACGAAUGGCAAAAGCAUGCUGUGACUCACGAGAAGCUAAAUUACCGUUGUGAAAAAUGUGGCAAAGCUUUUGUUACAACAUCGCAAUUAAAGGUCCAUUCUCUCUCGCACAAAGACAUGCUGUUUUGUUGCGACCUGUGUAAUAAGAUGUUUACCAACAAAGAGAACUAUCAGGACCACGUGAGGUCGCAUUUGCCAACUUGCGACUUUUGCGGUGAAUCUUUUCCGGACGAUGCCGAGUUGACAGCUCAUAUGGAGAGUCACAUUACUUCAUCACGUAUUUGCGCCACGUGCGGGAAAGCCUUUUCGGAAGAUGCGGAUUUGCAAGAGCACGAGAAGAUUCACCAGGACGAUUACGUUUGCAAGGUCUGUUCUAAAACCUUUGUUCGGUUGGAUGAAUUUGAGGAUCAUAACAAAUCGCAUGGUCAAGAAAACCCGUAUACUUGUGAAUGGUGUGGAAUGACCUUUGCUUAUGAAAGGAUUUUACAAAUGCAUUCAAUUGUGCACACUGGGAAGUUGCCCUAA